UGUUCUUCCCUUGAAAAUUCCUACUUUCAACCUCUUCUUCAACCCCCCUCCAAACCCUUUCCUUUAUCGUUCCGUUUCUGUUCACCAUCUCUAAUCAUCUAACAAUCCUUCUUCUCUUUUGCGAAAACUCUUCGUCAAAUUUGAUUCUAACAACACCCAUCUCAGGUUUCUGAUCAGAAUUGCACGAUCCGGUUGAUUCAAGGUAUAACCCUUUUGAGGCACUUGAAUCCUUUUGUUUCUGUUCGAAUUUCUGAUAUACCCAUUUGAAUUAACUUCCCAAAACCUCGAAUUUGUUUAUUGAUCAGAAAUCGGGGCGCUUCGAAUCCUCAAUUAGAUGGGUAAUUGCUGUGCUGUACCUAGUACUACCGAUUCCGAUUUCGAGAAGAAAAAGGGGAAGAACAAGCCGAACCCAUUUGCUUUAGACCAGGGUGCUACGGUUCCAUCUGGAAAUGGAUACAAAUCGUAUGUGUUAGAAAACCCAACUGGUCAUGAAAUCGAGCAAACAUAUGUUCUUGGUAAGGAGUUGGGUAGGGGAGAAUUUGGGGUUACUUAUAUGUGUACUGAUAAAAUAAGUGGUGAAGUUUUUGCUUGUAAAUCGAUAUCGAAAAAGAAGUUGAGAACUAGGGUUGAUAUUGAAGAUGUGAGGAGGGAAGUUGAGAUCAUGAAGCAUAUGCCACCUCAUUCCAAUAUUGUGACCUUAAAGGAUACUUAUGAAGAUGAUAGUGCUGUUCAUUUGGUUAUGGAGUUGUGUGAAGGUGGAGAAUUGUUUGAUCGGAUUGUUGCUAGAGGUCAUUACACCGAGAGGGCGGCUGCCGGUGUCACGAAAACCAUUGUUGAGGUUAUUCAGAUGUGCCACAAGCAUGGCGUUAUGCACCGGGAUCUUAAACCCGAGAACUUUUUGUUUGCAAACAAGAAAGAAACAGCAGCCUUGAAGGCCAUUGAUUUUGGGUUAUCUGUUUUCUUCAAACCAGGUGAGAGAUUCAACGAGAUUGUAGGCAGCCCAUACUACAUGGCUCCGGAGGUCCUAAAACGAAACUAUGGCCCAGAGGUUGACGUAUGGAGCGCUGGAGUCAUCCUAUACAUAUUGCUUUGUGGUGUCCCACCGUUUUGGGCAGAAACCGAGCAAGGAGUUGCGCAGGCAAUCAUUCGAUCGGUUGUAGAUUUCAAAAGGGAUCCUUGGCCAAAGGUGUCCGAGACUGCAAAGGAUCUUGUCAAGAAGAUGCUCAAUCCUGACCCCAAGUUGCGUCUUACCGCUCAAGAAGUUCUAGAUCAUCCGUGGAUACAAAAUGCGAAAAAGGCUCCCAACGUUUCUUUAGGUGAAACCGUGAAAGCAAGACUGAAGCAAUUCUCCAUAAUGAACAAGCUCAAGAAGAGAGCUUUAAGGGUAAUCGCGGAGCAUUUAUCUGCGGAAGAAGUGGCGGGAAUAAAACAAGGAUUUGAUUUGAUGGAUACUAGCAAGCAAGGGAAGAUUAACAUUGUUGAGUUGAAAGCUGGCUUGCAGAAACUUGGCCAACAGAUCCCCGAUGCAGAUCUUCAGAUACUUAUGGAUGCUGGAGACGUCGACAAGGAUGGAUACUUGAACUACGGAGAAUUUGUUGCAAUUUCCGUUCACUUGAGAAAGAUGGGGAAUGAUGAUCAUCUUAAGGACGCUUUUUCAUUCUUUGAUCAAAAUAAAAGCGGAUAUAUAGAGAUUGAUGAACUAAGGGAAGCCUUAGCCGAUGAGAUUGAAACCAACAAUGAAGAAGUCAUCGCUGCCAUUAUUCAUGACGUCGACACAGAUAAGGAUGGACGGAUAAGUUUUGAGGAGUUCACAGCGAUGAUGAAGGCAGGAACCGAUUGGCGGAAAGCAUCACGACAGUAUUCACGAGAACGUUACAAUAACCUUAGCUUGAAGUUGUUUAAAGACGGGUCGAUGCACUUAACGGAUUAGGGAAAGAUAACCACACAGUUUCCGGUAACGAAAAAAUGAUCCUUGAUCUUGUUCUUUUAUAUGUCGAUUUUCGAUUCUUGUAAUAUUUUGGUGGGGGGUUUUAAUUCAUUUCAUUUGGGGGUAGACUAAGUUUCCCAGGUGUUGAUUUAUGUUCUUUUCAUGAGUUUCAUUUAUGGGGGAGUAAAGUAAAGUAAAGAAAGAAGGGUUGUUUAUGGCUGUAAAUAUGUAUCUUGCUUUUGUAAUUGUUCAAAAGUACGAAGAAUUCGAGUUGCAAGUUAUAAUAUCAUGAUAUCGUGGUUUUUUCUC